GCUUUGCUUUCAGAAGAUGUGGCGGGAGAUGCUCUAGCCGGUAGUGUAUGAAACCGGAGGAGGGACCGCACAGUCUCCGCCGCCGCUGCUGCUGCUGCGGUCUCUGCCUGUGACACUGCGACGACCUACUUUUUAAUCCAUAGUCGGACCGCACUUGCUGCGGAGGGAUUACAGCCCGCUCUAUUUGUUGUCGUCAAGUCGGCGCAAAUUGGCCGACAUUACAACAGGAAGUUAAUAGAUUUUGAGCCAUACAACCAACCCUCUUAAAACAGCCUUGAACUCAUUGCACUAAGAUUGCCAAUCCAAAAUGGAGGGACUUUGGGAGACAGAGGUCACGUUCAGCAGCUCGCCCGUCUGCCCGGUGGCUGUCCGGUUCUUCCUCCCUAUCUAAAUAAUUAUGGAGCUCGUGCGGUGUCCCCACACAGCACGCGCCGCGGCUCGCCGUUUCAGCGCACCUUUCGCAGCUUCCGGAGUCCGCAGGUAGCCGGGCAGGUGGCUCAACUCAGCGGCGGUAUGCGGUCCGAUGUGGAGUACAGCCCGGUGGGAGAGGGGCUGGGGAUGCGGGAGUACUGGCUCUAUGUGUGGCUGCGGAGGGCGGCGGUGGUAGCGGCUCAUGUCACCGGUCUGGGCCUGACCCUCAUCAUCUCCCUGCUGUCCAGACCCGGAACCAGUCUGUUUUCUUGGCAUCCAGUGUGUAUGUCUGUCGCAUACUGCCUGUGUAUGACUGAAGGCAUCCUCCUCUUCUCGGCUGAAGGAUCCCCCUUCUGCUUCAAAUCUCGGAAGGGUAAAGUCCGUCUCCACUGGUUCUGUCAGGCUCUGGUCCUGAUAGCCGCUGCCACUGGGCUGGGCUUCAUAGUGGCCAGCAAGAACGUGUCAGAGCACUCCCACCUGGUCACCUGGCACAGUUGGCUGGGCAUCUGCACCCUGGCCGCCACCGUGCUCCAAGCGUCUUGCGGUAUCUGCGUGAUCUUCCCCAAGCUGCUCCGCCUCUCCUCCUUUCUGCCGAGGCUGAAGCUGUACCACGCCACCUGUGGCCUGGUGGUCUACCUGCUGGCCACGGUAACCGUGGUGUCGGCCAUGUUCUCAGACUGGUUCCAGGCCACGGUAAAAGGGGUAGCCUGGUGGGCCUUCUUCCUGCUGCCCCUCUUCCCCGCCCUGGUAGUGAUGAACCAGAUCACUAAUGCCUACCUGCCCCGCAAGAAAAUCACCAGCUAGGUGGCACAUAGCAUGAGGCUUUAUUCGCUCGGUGGCCAUAUUGCAUUGACAUUGUACUCCGAGAAUCAGAUGGAAGCAAAAGUAUCCUUUCAGGAUAAAAUAAUUAGACAGCUUCACAUGCCGGUAGUCCCAUACACAGUCUUACAGCACAGGUAUCUGAAGGGGCGUUUGGAAGCCUGGAAUGUAAUUGCACUGCCUGCCACAUUUGAUUUUCGGCUCACUAACGAUUUGUCUCAACAAACACUCAAAUGAUUGAAAUUCUGGACUGAAGUUACUCAUUGGAGGGUAUAGAGCUCAACGGUGAGGUUCUGGAAGUAGAAAUGCCGUUCAUAUUCUGAAUAGAGGAUUUAGAUUAUUAGCCAUACUAUCGUAGCCAUCCAAGCUAGACUUUCUACGAGCGAUGCCAUUGUGAAACGAUGGUAUACGCUGCUGCAGGAGCCACAAGUUCUUCUGAUAUCCACCUUGUUUAAAGAACAACAUCUUUUAUCUGCGACCUCAUGUUGAAAUA